CACCGAUCCACGGAAAGAGCCAAAGAUAUCGGCUCGGUCAUGUGAUCAGCUGUGUCCAAGGAGAGCCGGUAAUCGGCAUUCAUCGGAGGACACAUGUACACAUAUCAUCAGAGCACUGAUGAUCAAUGUGCCCUGAUGAUCUGUGUAGCUCCAGCAGUGCCACCUGUCAGUGUCCAUAAUUGCCAGCUCUCAGUGCUCAUCCAUGCCACCUGCCAGUGCCCAUCAGUGCCACAUUUCAGUGCCACAUCAGUGCCACAUCAAUGCCACAUAUCAGUGCCCAUCUGAGCUGCCUUUCAGUGUCACCCAUCAGUGCCAGUCAGUGCCACCUAUCAAUGCCAGUCAGUGCAACCUAUCAGUGCUGCCAGUCAGUGCCACCUAUCAGUGCCAGCCAGUG